UUUCGUGAAUCCCUUCUGUUCACUUCUCUUCCCAAACAACGUGGGCUGUGGAUGUGGCAGCAGACAGUCAGACUGACUGACUGACUACGUGUCCCCUCUUUGCAGACCACUGUUAUAUUGGCUGGCUUUCUAACUCUUCGCACUGUCAGGUCUUCAGGUGUUUGUGCCAUGUUUGCCAGGCUGGCUCUGUGCUCUCGCCUGCCAUCCAGGAUCCGGCAGACCAAUGUCGGUCCAGUCUCCAUCAGAGAAUUCUCACAGGCUAAAUUUUUGCUCCCACGUUCCCAUGGGAAAUCGUUUGCCCACCGCAGUGAGCUGAAGCAGGCCAAGCGCAUCGUGGUGAAACUGGGCAGCGCCGUGGUUACACGAGGCGACGAGUGUGGCCUAGCGCUGGGACGGCUGGCCUCCAUAGUGGAGCAGGUGGCCGUGUUGCAGAAUCAAGGCCGGGAGAUGAUGAUUGUUACGAGCGGCGCUGUGGCUUUUGGGAAGCAGCGGCUCAGACAUGAGAUUCUGUUGUCUCAGAGCGUCAGACAAGCCUUGCACUCUGGACAGAACCAACUCAAAGACAUUUCCGUUCCAGUUUUGGAGGCCAGAGCAUGUGCAGCUGCAGGACAAAGUGGUCUGAUGGCUCUGUAUGAAGCUAUGUUCACCCAGUACAGCAUCUGCACCGCACAAAUUUUGGUAACCAAUUUGGAUUUCCAUGACGAGCAGAAACGUCGCAACCUGAACAGCACGCUACAUGAGCUGCUGCGGAUGAACAUCGUGCCUAUCAUCAACACCAACGAUGCAGUUGUGCCGCCCCCUGUUCCCAACAGUGACCUACAGGGGGUAAAUGUCAUAAGCAUAAAAGACAAUGACAGCUUGGCUGCGCGGCUGGCUGUUGAGAUGAAAGCUGAUCUUCUCAUUGCUCUGUCUGACGUUCAAGGCUUGUAUGACAGUCCUCCUGGAACCGACGAUGCUAAGCUCAUUGACAUCUUCUACCCUGGUGAUCAGCAGUCAAUCACUUAUGGCACCAAGUCCAGAGUCGGCAUUGGUGGCAUGGAGGCCAAGGUGAAAGCAGCUCUCUGGGCACUUCAAGGAGGGACCUCUGUCGUCAUCGCCAACGGCACGGAUCCUAAAGUUACAGGUCAUGUCAUCACAGACAUUGUCGAAGGGAAAAAGGUUGGCACCUUUUUCUCUGAAGUAAAACCUGCAGGGCCGACUGUGGAGCAGCAGACAGAGAUGGCACGGCACGCUGGACGGGCACUUGCAUCUUUACUCCCUGAACAGAGAGGAGAAAUCAUCUGCUGUCUUGCUGAGCUGCUUAUAGAAAAGAAAGAUGAGAUUCUUAGUGCCAACAGGAAAGACAUGGAGUUAGCAACAGGUCGUUUGUCCCAGCCUCUGAUCAAUCGCCUCAGUCUGUCUACUGCUAAGCUGAACAGCCUCGCCAUCGGCCUGCGCCAGCUUGCCGUAUCUUCUGGGAACAGUGUGGGUCGGGUGCUGAGGCGGACCAGGGUUGCUAACAACCUGGAGCUGGAGCAAAUCACUGUUCCCAUCGGGGUCUUGCUGGUCAUCUUUGAGUCACGUCCUGAUUGCCUCCCACAGGUAUCGGCCCUUGCGAUUGCCAGCGGAAACGCUUUGCUUCUGAAAGGAGGCAAAGAAGCGUCAAACACCAACAGAAUCCUGCAUCAACUCACACAGGAAGCACUUUCAAUUCAUGGAGUAGCUGAUGCCAUUCAGCUGGUGAGCACGCGUGAGGAAGUGGAGGACUUGUGCAAGCUGGACAAAAUGAUCGACCUGAUCAUUCCAAGAGGUUCCUCCGAGCUGGUCCGAGACAUUCAGAGGGCAGCCAAGAGCAUUCCUGUGCUGGGCCACAGUGAGGGUGUCUGCCAUGUUUAUGUUGACAGUGAAGCCACCAUGGACAAAGCCAUUGAUGUUGUCAGAGACUCCAAAUGUGACUAUCCUGCAGCCUGUAAUGCCAUGGAGACCCUUCUUAUUCACAGAGAUUUACUGCGCACUCCUUUAUUCGACCAGAUUAUUGAUAUGUUGAGGACAGAAGAAGUAAAGAUUCACGCGGGUCCUCGCUUUGCAUCGUACUUAACCUUUAGCCCGUCUGAGGUGAAGUCUCUCCGAACAGAGUACGGGAACCUGGAGUGCUGCAUUGAGGUGGUAGACAGCAUGCAGGACGCUGUGGACCACAUUCACAAAUACGGCAGCUCCCACACUGAUGUCAUCGUCACAGAGAACGAGGAAACAGCUGAGCAGUUCCUGCAGCAGGUCGACAGCGCCUGCGUGUUCUGGAACUCCAGCUCUCGCUUUGCCGAUGGAUACCGCUUUGGCCUGGGAGCUGAGGUUGGCAUUAGCACAGCAAGGAUACACGCCAGGGGACCAGUGGGUUUGGAAGGACUCCUCACGACCAAAUGGGUCCUUCGAGGAGAGGGGCACACUGUGGCAGACUUCUCUGAGCAAGGCAGUAUGAAAUAUCUCCACGAGAGCAUCCCGGUCCCACAGGGACAUAUUAAUUAGGAGAUAUCCCAGCUGGAGCCAAACCAACAGAUUUCUUGAAAGAGUUUAUUAGAGUCUUGUGUCAAACGGUAUCAUUUCAACUUCCUAGCUGCUGCUUCAUCACUUGUGUGAAUUUACUAUAUCAGUGCAGGAGAUUUGCAGACACAAUCGGGUUGAUUUUUGUAGAUUUCCAAUUUCCUAAUUGUGUGAACCGGUUCUGAAACCUGUGAAUCUGAAUCUAUCAGCGCAUCAACACAACAUACAUUUUGCUAGAGCAACAAAUAAAAAGCUAUGCAUAGUGCAGACAUGCUCAUUUCCCCUUCUACAAAGUCAUUUUUGUAACAAGAUUUUAAAAAAAUGGAUCACUGGGUCAGCUGUGAUUUUAUUUAUAAAAUUUUUUUUUUUACAUUUAAAAUCUCCCUUUGUGUUGUAAAUCACUGCAAGUAUUGUUUGUGCAAGAUCUUGGUUCUGAUUUAUUUUAUUUUGCUGUUCUCUUUGCAGAGAUAAUUUAAUAAAUAUGGUGUACAGUUCUUAAA